AUGUCGAUUCUAAGACUGUCCGUCCUCGUCGUCGUCUUCGCAACGUUCUGGACGCAUUCAGCUGCCGUGGGCAGCUCGACCCUGCUCCUGGCACGCUCCCGCUCGCUGUCGCCGGCCAACACCGGCGCGCCGCUCACAGCAUGGGCAGCCUCCAUCGCCGCGCAGUCAGCCGCCGACGCGUCACGCGUGGCCACGCUGCUCGCGGUGCCCUUGUUGGACGCCAGACCCAAGAGCAAAGGCCACAGCCGCGGCCGCUCGUUCGUGCCGAUCGCCCCGGGCAGGCAGAUCCUGAGCAUCCCCAACUACGUCGCCCGCGCGCGGCUCGGCACGCCGGCGCAGACGCUCCUCGUCGCCUUCGACCCCAGCAACGACGCCGCCUGGAUCCCGUGCAGCGCCUGCGUCGGCUGCGCGCCCGCGGCGACGUCGCCAUCCUUCUCCCCGACGCAGUCGUCCACCUACCGGCCCGUGCACUGCGGCGCGCCGCAGUGCGCGCAGGUCCCCGGUGCAGCAUCCUGCCCCUGGGGCGCCGGCGCGUCGUGCGCGUUCAACCUCACAUACGGGUCUUCCACGUUCCAGGCCGUGCUCGGGCAUGACGUGCUCGCCCUGGAGGACGGCACCGGCGCCGCGGCGUCGGCCUACACGUUCGGGUGCCUCCGCGUCGUCACCGGCGGCUCCGUGCCGCCGCAGGGGCUCCUCGGCUUCGGGCGCGGGCCGCUGUCCUUCUUGUCGCAGACCAAGGACAGGUACGGCUCCGUCUUCUCCUACUGCCUCCCGAGCUACAAGUCCUCCAACUUCUCCGGAACACUGAGGCUCGGCCCCGUCGGGCAGCCGAAGCGGAUCAAGACGACGCCGCUGCUCUACAACCCUCACCGUCCCACUCUCUACUACGUCGACAUGACCGGCAUCCGCGUGGGUGGCAAGGCCGUGGCCGUGCCGGCGUCGGCGCUCGCAUUAGACCCGGCCACGGGUAGCGGAGGCACCAUCGUCGACGCCGGCACCAUGUUCACGCGGCUCUCGGCCCCCGUGUACGCCGCCGUGCGCGACGCGUUCCGGCGCAGGGUGCGGGUGCCCGUGUCCGCGCCGCUGGGCGGGUUCGACACGUGCUACAACGUGACCGUGCGGGUGCCGAGCGUCGCCUUGACGUUCUCCGGCGGGGCGGCCGUGACUCUGCCAGAGGAGAACGUGAUGAUCCAUAGCUCGUCCGGCAGCGUCGCGUGCCUGGCCAUGGCGGCGGGGCCGUCGGAUGGGGUGAACGUGGGGCUCAACGUCCUGGCCAGCAUGCAACAGCAGAACCACCGCGUGCUGUUCGACGUCGCCAACCGCCGUGUCGGGUUCUCCCGCGAGUUCUGCACGGCCUGA